AUGGCCACCUCAAAUGCAAAAGGUGAAAAAGUGUCCAAAUUUGAGACAUUGAAACUAUUGGAGAAAUGCAGAAAGGAAAGAGAUGAUGCCUUGCACAGAGAGAACGUCCUCAGAGAGAAGCUCAGACAGUAUGAGUCGAGGAUGCGUUCAACUGAGGCUCUGAAACAGAAACUCAAGACCUUGACCAUGGACAACAAAGAGCUGAGGAAACAAGUGAAGACUCUUCGCACUGAGAUUGGACUUGAGUGCAGCCCCAAGUUCAAUGGAAAGACCACAAAGGACAUAAUCAAUGACUUGCAUGAAAAGGACCGUGAUUGCAUUUCCCUGGUGGAGAAGGCUGGGAAACUGAGUCUGACUAUUGAUGACUUGACUUCAGAGUUGGCAAAUACAGUCACCUCUAAAACACUAUUAGAGGAUCAAGUGCAGUCACUGCAGCAAAAUCUCAAGGAUAUGACAAAUAAUCAGCGCCGCUUGCUGAAGCUAUGGGAAGACAAGAAGGUCCAGAGGGAGCAGCUUGCCCUCCCUGCGAUAGCUCAGAAACCUGGACAGAAACCAUUUGUCCAUAAAGCAGUUCAAACUGAGAUGUCUGUCAGUGCAUCCCAAAAGCUCCCCGUCAAUGCUUUUGAGACCAAACCAUUCUCUCGGGAAAAUGAUAAAAAGACUGUUUUGGAUAAACACAGUUUUCCAGCUUAUGGAAAUGGCUUUCAUCAUGACAAGAAAGCUUUCAUGCAUGAUGAAAGUAAAGGAAUUAAGAAUUGAUUCGCCUCAUUGACUGACAGCCUGUAGCACUCUGCGCUGACAAAGCAGAGAUACAGCACAUAAUUAUAGGACUAAUGUGUGA